AGCGGUAGGAUUCACGCAAACUCCCGAAUCAACAACGCGGCUGGAGGUAGCGAAAAGCAGGGCGGGCGAGUUUUGCGUCCCGUCUGGUCCCGUUCCUCCCCCGCGCAGCAUGCGCCUACCUUCGAAGAAGCGCCGCAGAGCCUCCGUUUCGUCCACCACCUCCAUAGUUGUGCCAUGCACCAAGCGGCCAGGCUAGUCGCCGAGCCUGCAGGGGGGCAUUCCCCCCGGCCAGGGCGCCUAGAGCCGUACGACGCCGGCGGCGAGACCCCUCAGCCGCCUCUCUCUGGACCUCUCAGGCGACGCUCCCCGCACUCUGGCCCCGGCUGACCCGCGCACUGAGGGAGAGGGAGAGUGGCAGUUUCCACCCACCAUGGCUGGUACUGUGGAGUGGGUGCAGAUCAGGACAUCAAGAAGCUGCCGGCGAAAUCCCUCCAGUUGUGAGAGGCCAAUCCUGAGGGAUAAAGAAUAUCAGAUGCACUGAUGCAGGUGAAACUAUUAUGAGAAGCAUAAACAGGAAAGCAAAGAGAGAUGGGAUCAGAAAAGACUUACCCAUGGCCCAGUGUAAGGCUACUUUAUACAAUUAUACUGAGGACAAUCCAUAACUCAGAAAGAUAUGAGCAGAUAUCAACAAAUUCAACAAGUAAGCUAUAAGUAAUACUAUAGUAUUAAACAAAAAGUGUAGAUAACAAAAAAUACAGCACAGAGGUGUAAGAAGUUAAUACUCAAAAGGCACACAGGAUGUCAAAGUUCACGUAACCAAGAAAAUGAUUUAGAGAAUUUAGAUGUCGUAUCAUAGGGAAAACAAGCAAACAGAGAAGACAGAACAGAAGUGUGAUGUGCCACUAUCCAGCUCAUCAAAGAUACACAAGUGAGAGAUGUUUCUAGGUAACAGAGGAGGUGAACCUUUUUUCAACUCAAGAGUCACAUCCAUUUUUGGCCAACCCUCAGAGGGCCACAUGCCAGUAGGUGUGGCCAGUCUUCACAUACACAAACACAUGCCUCCCUCACCAUGUGCAUGUUAACAGAUACUGUAGGAUGGUGUUGAGAUGCAGUUGCUGCCCACCCUCCUUCUCCUUCCCUUCACCCAAACUGCGGCAAUCGUCUCAGAAGAGCUGGAGGCUCUCUUGUGUGCAGCCUGCUGGUGAAUGUCUUCUCUGCAGCCCUUCCAGCCAAAAGGUGGAAACCAGCUUCCCUUGCCCCAUGCCUUCCUUCAAGGAGCUCAAGCCAACUCCCUCCAGUGUUUGGCAGCACUUUUGGGAGGCUGGCCAUCUUUCUCCAGCUUGAUCUUGAAGUCCUGCAGUUUCUGAGUCACUGACUGAUGUUUACCUAUCUGUUCACCACUGGUGGCAUAGGCACCUUUAUUGAGAGGGUUUGGAUUGGAGUGUUAAGGAAACAGGACGAAGUGCUUCAAUCUACUGCAAUGUUUCUCGAAGAUCAGAAGCUAUCCGCUGACAAUUUUAUUCCUCGUUCUUCUAAAUAAUUGAAUGAUACACCAAACUCCUAACCCAACCACACAAGAAUUACUUAUAAAUUGUUCUAGUUUCGAUGAAUUAAAAAAACUAUGGAAUGAUUCAUGAUUAUCAUAUCUGCCAAACAUGGGGUGGGCAAGCUUUUUGCCCCAGAGGACCACAUGCAGUAGUAGUGGUGGUUGGUGCCCAUUGAGACCAGUAGGGCAGAAGGCAGGGUGACCAACAGUAGGUGAAGGCAGACCCAGUGACAAAGCCACUCUGACUGAUUGCAAGCAAGAAAGUGAGCAGGGGGACGCAAGCUAACCUUGGUGGGGCAGUACCACAUUUAUCCUACUAGACCAGCCUCCAAUGUGCAAUAGUGGGUGGGCACCUGGGGCCACUUGCAAGUUGCUAUGGCCAGAGUCAGCAGUGAGUGUAGCCUCAGGACACAAGCAUUCAUAUUCAUUCCCAGUGCCUGCAGAAGAAGGGGACUACCAUCACCCAGGGAAGAGGGAGAGCCAUCUGCUGCGGCUGUCUGCCUGCCUCCCUGCUUGCUGCUGCUGCUCGGCUACCACCAUUGCCCUCUCCCUGUGGGACUUCUGCUCUGCAGGUUGUCACGCCUUGCAGGACCAGGCCCCAGGCACUCAGCCAGCUGUUGCUGAUUUUGUCCACCUGUCCCUUUCCUGGAGGGGAUACAUAAACUGGCUGGCCGAGGUGGCUCCUGCUUUGUAGAUUUCCUGGCUUUUUGUGGGACUGGCAGGUCUUGCGUUAAGUGCCUGGGAGAGAGGACUCAGAGUGGGGAGACUUGAGGGCCCCCCAAUCAGUGUAGUGAUGGGUAGAGGGAGAUAUGGCAUUGUGAGGAGGACUUGCCAGGUAAGAGGAACACGGCUCAAGCAGUUAAUGGCUAUGCCUUGUUCCGGUCCUCCCCACACCCGCAGGUUUGUUGGUUGCCCUAUCAGCCAGCUCUCAGACCUCCGGAUGCUGCUCUUAGACGCCAGAUUGGUACAUAAUAAAUCUCCCUCAUUCAUGAUUUAAUUGUGGAUGAGGCAGCCGAUCUGGCAUGUAUAACCGAGACCUGGGUGGAUGAGCAAGGAGGAGUCAGUCUCUCCCAGCUAUGUCUGCCAGGGUACCUGGUUCAGCAUCAGAGUAGACCUGAGGAUCAGGGAGGGGUUUUUUGCUGUGGUCUAUAGGAACCUCUCCUGCAAGUACCCUGUCCAUGUGACUACUGGUCUGGAGUGUUUGCACCUUGUGUUGGGUCAGUGGGACAGACUGGGGAUUCUGUUGGUGUAUAGCCCACCCCGCUGCCCAACAGACUCCCUAGCUGAGCUGACAGAGCUGGUCUCGGGUGUACUGUUGAGAUCCCCCAGACUGUUGGUUCUGGGGGAUGUCAACAUCCAUGCCAAGGCCACCUUAUCUAGGGCGGCGCAGGAUUUCAUGGUCUCCAUGACAACCAUGGGAUUGUCCCAAUAUGCCAUUGGCCCAACACAUGUAGCAGGGCACACUCUAGAUUUGGUUUUUGCAACUGGACAUGGAGUUGGUGAUCUGAAUGUGGGGGGCCUUACAUCGGUCCCUCUGUCAUGGACAGAUCACUGCUUGCUGAAGUUUAGGCUUACAGUGGCUUUUCCCCUCUGCAAGGGUAGGGGACCUAUUAAGUUGGUCCACCCCCACAGACUAAUGGAUCCGGAUGGUUUCCAAAGGGCUCUGGUGAAUUUUCCAGCUGAUAGGGCUGGCGCUCCUGUUGAAACCCUGGUUGAACUGUGGAAUACAGAAAUGAUCCAGGCGGUUGACAUGAUUGCUCCUCAGCGCCCUCUCCUGUGUAGAGCUCGUACGGCUCCAUGGUAUACCCCAGAGCUGAGAGUGAUGAAACAAUAUAGGAGACGGCUUGAGUGCAGAUGGAGACGAACUCCUGGUGGAUGCAAUUACACACUGGUAAGUGCCUAUGAUAAGCUAUAUUUAGGGGCAGUGAGGACAGCAAAAAAACAGUAUUUUGCUGCCACUAUCAAAUCAUCAAUCUGCCGCCCAGCGGAGCUUUUCAGAAUUGUCUGGGGGCUAUUACACUCUGGCCCCAGGGACAUGGUAGAACCAUCUGAGGCCUGUUGUAAUGAAUUUGCUAGGCACUUCCAGGAUAAAAUCUUUAGCAUCCGCCAGGACUUAGACUCCAGUGUUAUAGCAGGUGAAUCAAACGAGGUAUCCAGAGCACAGCCUUGUCCUGAUUUCUUGGAUGAGUUUCAGCUGGUACAGCUUGAGGACGUUGACAAGGUGCUUGGGCAGGUUUGUGCAACCAUUUCUAUGCUGGAUCCUUGCCCUUAUUGGCUAAUAAAAGCUAGCAGGGAUGGAACAGCCGGCUGGGCCAGGGAAGUGAUUAAUGCCUCUCUGUGAGAGGGGGUGGUCCCUGGCUGCCUGAAAGAGGUGGUAGUGAGACCACUCCUGAAGAGACCCUCCCUGGACCCAGAAAAUCUUAAUAACUGUAGGCCGGUAGCAAAUGUUCCAUUCCAGGGAAAGGUUCUUGAACGAGUGGUAGCAGGCCAGCUCCAGACACUCUUGGAUGAGACCGAUUAUCUGGAUCCAUUUCAGUCGGGUUUCAGACCUGGUUUUGGCAUGGGAACAGCCUUAGUCGCCCUGUAUGAUGACCUCUGUCGGGAGAGAGACAGGGGGAGUGUGACUGUUGAUUCUCCUUGAUCUCCCAGCGGCUUUCGAUACUACUGACCAUGGUAACCUUCUGGGAAGACUGGCUGAGCUGGGAGUGGGAGUGACUGCAUGGCAGUGGUUCCGCUCCUACUUGGCGGGUCGGCUCCAGAAGGUGGUGCUUGGGGAACAUUGUUCUGCACCAUAGACUCUCUAGUAUGGGGUUCCGCAGGGGUCAGUUCUGUCCCCCAUGCUGUUCAACAUCUACAUGAAACAGUUGGGUGCAGUCAACCGGAGCUUUGGAGUGCGUUGCCAUCAGUAUGCUGAUGACACGCAGCUCUAUUUCUCCUUUUCAUCUUCUUCAGGUGAGGCUGUCAAUGUGCUGAACCAGUGCCUGGCUGCGACAAUGGACCAGAUGAGGGCUAAUAAACUGAGGCUCAAUCCAGACAAGACUGAGAUGCUGCUAGUGGGUGGUUCUUCUGACUGGAUGGUGGAUGUCCAACCUGUCCUGGAUGGAGUUACACUCCCCCUGAAGGAACAGGUUCGUAGCUUAGGGGUUCUCCUAGAACCAUCUCUCACUUCAGGCUCAGGUAGCCUCGGUGGCACGGAGUGCCUUCUACCAACUUCAGCUGGUGGCCCAGCUACACCCCUAUCUGAACAGGGAUAACCUGGCUUCAGUUGUCCAUGCUCUGGUAACCUCCAAGCUAGAUUACUGCAAUGCACUCUACGUGGGGCUACCUUUGAAGACAGUUCGGAAACUGCAGCUGCUGCAAAAUGCAGCGGCCAGAUUGGUAACAGGGACCAGACGGUUUGAACAUAUAAAACCGAUUCUGGCCCACUUGCGUUGUCUACCUGUAUGUUUACGAGCUUGAUUCAAGGUGCUGGUUUUAACCUAUAAAGCCUUACACAGCUUGGGACCACAAUACUUGAUGGAAUGCCUCUCCCGACAUGAACCCACCCAUACACUACACUCAACAUCUAAGGCCCUCCUCCGGGUGCCUACUGCGAGGGAAGCUGGGAGUCUGGCAACAAGGGAGAGGGCCUUCUCAGUGGUGGCCCCCAAACUAUGGAAUGAUCUCCCUAACGAGGUGCACCUGGUACCAACACUGUUACCUUUUCGGUGCCAGGUCAAGACUUUCCUUUUCUCCCAGGCAUU